CGUACCGUCGUUGCUCUCUGCUAAGCGUGGUGGUGUAUCACCAAACCGUCAACGGGAGAGAAAAGUUGUCUGAACGCAUUGGAAAACAUGUCAGGGGACGACGAUCAGCAAGAACAAACCAUAGCAGAUGACUUGGUUGUUACCAAGUACAAAAUGGGCGCUGACAUUGCCAAUCUGGCUGUGCGGAUGGUAGCGGAGGCCGCCAAACCUGGAGUGUCAGUGCUCAGCUUGUGUGAAAAGGGAGACGCUUUCAUCGCGGCAGAGACCAGCAAGGUUUUCAAGAAGGAGAAGGACAUCAAGAAAGGGAUUGCUUUUCCUACCUGUGUAUCUGUCAACAACUGUGUGUGCCACUUCUCUCCUCUGAAGAGUGAUCCUGACUACAUGGUGAAAGAUGGAGACCUUGUCAAAAUUGAUCUAGGUGUGCAUGUGGAUGGAUUCAUCUCAAAUGUGGCUCACAGCUUUGUCAUCGGUGCAAGCAAGGACAACGUAGUGACUGGCCGAAAGGCCGAUGUGAUGAAAGCUGCCCACCUGUGUGCUGAAGCUGCCCUGCGCCUAGUCAAGCCUGGCGGCCAGAACUCUCAGGUCACGGAGGCAUGGAACAAGAUAGCGGAGUCAUUCAAAUGCACAGCCAUCGAGGGUAUGCUGUCUCAUCAGCUGAAGCAGCAUGUUAUCGAUGGAGAGAAGACCAUCAUUCAGAACCCCACAGAACAGCAGAGGAAGGACCAUGAAAAAGCAGAGUUCGAAGUGCAUGAGGUCUAUGCGGUUGACGUGCUCAUCAGCUCUGGGGAAGGCAAGGCAAAAGACUCCGGACAGAGAACCACUGUGUACAAACGGGACCCCAGCAAGCAGUACGGUCUAAAGAUGAAGACUUCCAGAAUGUUCUUUAGCGAGGUGGAGCGCCGUUUCGAUGCCAUGCCCUUUACUUUGAGGGCAUUUGAAGAUGAGGGGAAAGCACGUUUGGGUGUGGUGGAGUGUGCCAAGCAUGAGCUGCUGCAACCUUUCAGUGUCCUGCAUGAGAAAGAGGGAGAGUUUGUGGCCCAGUUCAAGUUCACUGUGAUGCUGAUGGCGAAUGGACCGCUGCGGAUCACCAGUGGAUCCUUCGAACCUGAGCUGUACAAGUCUGAACAUGAUGUGCAGGACCCUGAGCUCAAGGCUUUGCUGCAGAGUUCUGCGAGUCGCAAGGCACAGAAAAAGAAGAAAAAGAAGGCAUCAAAGACCGUGGAGACCGCCACCGGACAGCCCAUGGAGGUGGAGACUGAGGCGGCUGAGUAGACCCUCCCUCAAACCCGCCCCCCCAGUCCACCCCGUCUGUUUCAUCAGUACUCCUGGAUGACGGACAGACCACCCAAAGAAAAAGAAUGACCAGAAUGAGAUCCACAACACCUGCUACCCCCCCCUUACCCCUACCCUACCACCACAGCCCUGUAUCCCUUCACCCCACUGAGAAGCCUUCAGAACCUAGCCACUUAAACAAGCCUGAAUACCUCCAAAAUUUGUAAGACAGGAAUUUUGUGGAGUGGUAACGUUGCCCAAGCACUCUGCCCUGUUGUUAACCUUGGUCAGGUGGUGGUCUCUCACGUAGACAUUCAAUCACCAGAUGGCAGGGAAAUAAGUCAGGGUAUGACUUCCGAUACUGACCAGUGUUGUUUACAAGAGGUGGUUAGUCACGAUUUCCUGCCAUUUGUAUGCUUCAUGAUUUUGUAACCUGUAAUCAACGGAAGUGUUAAAGAAAAAAAAAAAGAACCAUCACAGUGCCAGUGUUUGAUGUUUAUGUUAAGCAUCAUUCUCCCCAUUCUUGAAUCAAUUGAAAUGGAAGUUAUACUUUUGGCAUUGUACCGUAUGUCUAUGCUGGGCACAAGUGCUUAUUUGAGGCCUUCAGUGACCAAAUGUUUUUUUUUUUGUCUGGAAGUAGUUAUUUUAAACGGGCACUGAAUGUGUUCACUUCAGAUCUGUCGGACAGUUGGAUUAUAGAUACUUAAGUACACCAGCUUUAUUUUGCAGCGAAUUCUGGCUAGGGAGAUCUUUUUUACAAUUGAGGGUGACAUGGCCUUAGUUGACCUUAUUCCAGUGCACCAACUGACCAGAGCCUUAGGUGUACACAGCUCAGCUGCAUUAACCGUUUCACCAAGGGUAGUGUCUAACUGCCGGUAGUAUAGAGGACCAGUCUUUGACAAUGUGCCCUUUGGUGGUUUGCUACUAAUGACUUAAAAAUACUGUCUGCACAAAGGCAGUUGUCUUAAGUCUUUUGUUGGAAAUCUUGAUGUUUUUCUUGUGGGAAAGUUGUUGAACAUGAAUUUUCAGGGUUCUAACUAGGAAUUAUAAACUUAGAGGCCCCGUGGAAUUUUUUAAGAAUAAGUCCUGUAUGUUGUCAUGUGUCUCAAGGACUCAUCAAUGCUGCCAAACCAUUCGUCGUUUGUAGAACUGUAGAUUGAUGCCCACAUUAGAUCGGGCAGAUCACUGUGGUUGACUGUUUAGACAAGCAGGCUUUACUCUGUAUAGAUAGAGACCCACCUUAAAUGGGUAAAUUCUCAGACAAAAUUCCAUUUAAAAUUUGGUGAGUGUUCAUGUGUUGCCUGUCCCUCCUUAUCUAUUUAGGGAGUGAUAGCUAGCAGGUCCAUUAUUUGGUGACUUGCUUAUAGGACAAUGUAGGGGGAUAAUGGUUGGUAAUCUGAAGAAUGGGAAUAAGCUAUUUCAAAAUCGUGGCAGAGGUAAAAAGAGCAGCAGACAUCUGAGAGGUGAAGGUGGGAGUUGAAUUAUUCUGUGAUGUAAUUUCAGCAAACUGGUUGGAAUAAACUUUAUAGGGCAAUGCA